AUGCUAGCAUCACCAAUCCCUAAAGGAGAGACUCUGCCAGUAAAUUUGACAAACGAUGUCGAGAGAGCUUCGAGAACGCUGUGUAAGGCGUUCGAAAAUUCGUACGCCAAUGAUUACCUAAUGAAAAAAUUCUUUCAUAUUCCAAUAGAGGAAAAGGUUUCAAGAGCAAGGAUAAACGCCAUAAUACAUUACUAUACGACAUGCUACCAUGACUUGGACGGUGAAAUCGCUGAGGCCAACGAUUUCGAUGCCGUAGGUAUAUGGAGUCGUCCUGGGCACCACUUGCCUGCCACGUUAUCUGACGAUGAGUCUUUUAAUAAGAUUUUCUUUGACGACUUGACUGCGAGAAAGCAUGAAGUCAUGCCCGAGGGAAUGGACUAUUACUACCUCUAUGCCAUUGGAAAAGACCUCAGUCACCCUGAAAUUAGAGGUUCGGUUAGAAAGAUACUCGAAGAAUACAAACGCAAAGCAGACAAAACCAAUUGCGCCCUUGUUCUCGAGGCAAUUUCAGAACACGCGAGAUCUGUCUACGAAUACUUCGGUUUUAGAACCUACCUAGAGUUCCAAUUUGGGGCUGGGGAAGUAAACUCCGAGUGCAAACCAGACCCACAGGGGGAGGGAUUCACGGCCUACCUGAUGCUCUACCAUAGAGACGCAGACACCGUCUUUCGUGCAUGA